GUACAACCGGAGAGAGCGGGGCUCCAAGGCACACACCACCCCGCAUCAUACCUGACCACCCUCGACAGGGAGGACGGACUCUUUCCUCUUCUUACAACGCACAGGCAACAUGUCAGGACACAUGCAACACUCAGUCACACGCUCCCUGGGGAGAGCUUCUCAGCGAGGCUUCUGUCGCCCUCCCUCGCGACGGUUCGCCUUUGUCGCAUCGCUCCUUCCGAGUGCCGGCCGCUCGGAGCCCCGUCUUCCGGACUUGUGCAUGGAGAGGCCCGACGGGUCCCAAACGAGGAUUCCUGAAGAUGCUUUGUAUAAAUACACGCGGCAUCGAUGGCUGGUCGACGAGCAAACCGAGCUAUCGAAGCGAUACUUGAAAUUCAACUUACGAGGACUCAUCGAUGUAGCCGUUGGUGUCUGCGAAGGCGCUAGAUAUUGCACGAGGGUCAUCAAAUGCUCCGAGAGCCUAGGCAGCAAGGCGUUUAUCCUGCGAAUGGAUAACGGCAUGCAAGUUGUGGCCAAGCUACCGAAUCCGGGUGCGGGGGCCCCUAAAUACGCGACUGCGUCCGAGGUCGCAACGCACGAGCUGCUCCGCGACGUCUUCAAGCUCCCCGUUCCUCGCAUCCUUGCAUGGUCAUAUGAUGCAUCGAGUAACCCGGUCGGGGCAGAGUAUAUCAUUUCGGAGAAAGCUCCGGGGGUCAGGUUGAGCACAGUGUGGCAGCAGUGGCCGCGCAAGUCAAAGGUCAAGAUGGUGGAGCAGAUCACGGAUAUGGAGAACACACUCAGCUCUGUAUCCUUUCCCAGCCAUGGCUCCGUGUAUCUCAAGGAUGACCUACGCUCAUUAGCGGGAAUCGCCGACGAUAUCAGUGCGGACGGCGUGACCGAUGAGGCUCUGAGUCGCUUUACGAUAGGCCACCUUACUUCGGCCGAGCUGUGGGAGGGGAACAGAGGGGAGAUGGAUUUAGAUCGCGGUCCAUGGCGAAACGCAAGUGACUACACUCGGGCGAUGGGAUGGAAUGAGAUUGCUUGGAUUCGAGAGCAUGCCCUUCCACGAUUAAACCAAUACAGGUCGUCGGAUCCACACGAGACACCUGCAAAUGGCAUUGCACUUCUUACGCAAUACAUGAACACGGCAGCGUACCUGGUUCCUCAACCGACUGAAGGUGGCGACGAUGCGGCCACCUCGAAUGUACUUUGGCACCCGGACCUCAAACUCGAUAAUAUCUUCGUCGACCCUCGGACGCACCAAAUCACAAGUAUCGUCGACUGGCAGUCCGCUCAGGUUGCCCCAUUGUUUCACCAGUCCGACAUUCCACCAAUGUUCAAAUGUUCCGGACCAGUUAGCGAAGGCUGGGUCCUGCCCGGACGACCUUCUGAUUUCAACUCCUUGAGUGCCGCAGAGAAAGCGAAGAUCGACACUGACCUUGAAGCCGAGACCCUACAUAAACUCUACGAAUCCCAUGUCUACAAGCGUUCCCCACGCCACUGGUCUGUCCUCUCCAACCGAAACUUCGAAACCCUCCGCACGCCCACCAGCCUCGUGACCAAAGUCUGGGAAACGCACAACCUCUUCUCCCUCCGCGACUCUCUCAUCACCUUAUACACACAGUGGGAGGCCCUCUUCCCUGAAAGCCCCCUCCCCUGCCCAAUCCGGUUCACAGCAAAGGAAUUGGAGCUGCACCGUAAGGAGAAGGAGAAUAUGCAAGGGGUCGGCGCCAUCAUGGCACUAUUGCGGGAUGGAGGGGCCCUUCCCGCGGAUGGAAUGAUUGAGACCGAGGACUUUGAGAUGGCGCGCAGCGCGAAUCGGAAGUUUAAGGAAGUUUUUGUGCGUGGCGCCGAGGGGGAGGAAGAGAAGGAGCUUUUUAACAGGCUUUGGCCUUAUCAAGAGACGGCUUAGUUAUAUGCUAGGCAUUGGUUAGAUAUAUCACGAGUAGUAUGCGCAUGGAGGGUAUGGCGGCGUUUGGGGUUUUCGUUCUUAUUUUUUUUUCACUGACUUAUACCAAUUUGACUGGACGCAUCGGCGGCGAAUAUCUUUUGAUGAUAAACAGAAACAAUGAACCGCUUCCUGAUUCCCACGGUACAUUGUCUCCUCUGACAAACCUGGAAAGUAUUCUCUCGAAGCUCUACCUUGGAAGGCAGCCAUAGUAGCCGGUCGUUCUAUCCCGAUUCCGAAAUACGAUGGAUAGAAACAAGCUUACCCUCACUUGCUGUAAUGUUUCGAAGUAUAUGAAUGGAGAUGCGGAACAAACAAACAACCGGAUUCUCCCCGUCUCCUGCUUUGACCCCCGCUUGUGGGAUCCGGCUGGAUGGACUCGGGAUCCUUAUCAUGCUCAUAUGCAGAAGAUGCUAGAUCGAGAGAUAUAGACCGAGACGCAGCUAAGCAAGCGAUAUCUCCUCAUGUUCCCGACAAGAAGCAACCAGGCUCGGCCAAGAGAUAGUUCAUUUACUGCAAGUUGAAGGGGUAUCCUGGAACAUGUGGAAUGCCAGUGG